AUGGAGCUUCGCUGCGUACCAAAUCUUGUGCUGCUUUUCGCUGCAUUAGUAGAUGCAUACGCUAACCCGGGAUCUUGUUCGGGAGAGUGUGUCGUCAGCGACCCAUCUUUGAUCCAGCGAUCUUCCGAUAAUGUCUACUUCCGCUUUUCUACUGGAAAUGAAAUCUCGUAUGCCAGUUCGUCUUCGAUUGAGGGUCCGUGGACGGUGAUCGGGUCUAUGCUGCCUGGCGGAUCGUCAAUUGAUUUGGCUGGAAAUACCGAUCUCUGGGCACCAGAUGCUCAUAUCGUCGACGGCCUAUACUACGUUUACUACGCCGUUUCCACAUUCGGCUCACAGGACUCGGCCAUCGGGUUGGCAACAUCGGAAACCAUGGAGGCAAACUCCUGGACGGACCACGGAUCCACAGGCGUCGCGUCGACAUCUUCAAAGAUAUACAAUUCCAUUGAUCCCAAUUUGGUUGAUGUUGGCGGCACCUAUUACCUGAACUUUGGCUCUUUCUGGGAUGAUAUCUACCAAGUGCCAAUGAACUCAGCUGCCACAAAAAGUUCGUCCUCGUCAUACAACAUUGCCUACGAUCCGUCCGGGGACCAUGCUGUUGAGGGCUCUUAUAUGUAUCAUUAUGGAGAUUACUACUAUCUUUUUUACUCAGCAGGAAUUUGCUGUGGUUAUGACACUUCUAUGCCUGCUGCUGGACAGGAAUAUAAGAUAAAGGUUUGCAGGUCAACCUAUGUCAGCGGUGGUUUUGUCGACGAAGAUGGUAUUGCUUGCACAGAUGGAGGAGGUACUAUUGUGCUGGAAAGUCAUGGAAAUGUCUAUGGUCCUGGUGGGCAAGGUGUCUACACGGAUCCCAGUCUGGGCCCUGUUCUUUACUAUCACUAUAUCAACACGAAUAUCGGAUAUGCUGACGACCAGAAGCAAUUUGGGUGGAAUCAGAUUGAUUUUUCCACUGGAUGGCCUGUCGUGUAA